CCACCCUGUCCGCCAGCGCCGAGCGAAGUCGCACGCACGCCCCCGAACGCGGCGUGUUGUGGAGCGUCGUCUGGCCCGAUGGAUCCCUCGUCCGCCUCGCUCGACGACCUCGUCCACUCCGUCGGCCUCUACGUCCCUCGGCCCCUGGUCCUCCACGGAUACAUAUUCCCGUUCCUCGUCCUCUACGGGGUAUGGGGCUGGGCGUGGGUGGGCGUGUAUGGCUGGGAGGAGUACUUCGAGGCGGGGCUCCUGGCGCUGGCGGGGGUCGGCUGCCUGCAGAUCCUGACGUGCCUCUUCUGCCACUGGUCCGUCCACGUGCGCUGCCUCUUCACCUGCAGGAGGGAAAAUGAUCCAAGAGUGGCAACAGUUGCAAAAGUUGUGCCAACUCCCAACAACGGUUCACCUGAACUCGUUAAGGUACACAAAACUUUAAUAAGCAAAGAAGCAACAGAGAAGAGUAUAUGGUUCAUCUUUCAAAAAACGAAGUACAUCUGGGAUAGUGAAGAGAGGAAACAGUUUGUCGGUCUCAAGUUUCCCAUCGAUCAUCAGUUACGAACGUACACAGAAUGGCGUGGAUACCAGGAGGACACAGACCUGGCUGCGGCAGAAGGGAGAUAUGGCAAAAACGAACUUCAGAUGGAUGUCCCAGAGUUUAUGGACCUCUUCAGAGAAAGAGCAACAGCCCCAUUCUUUGUAUUUCAGGUGUUCUGUGUUGGGCUUUGGUGCCUGGAUGAGUACUGGUAUUACUCUCUCUUCACUCUCUUUAUGCUGGUUAUCUUUGAGUGCACUCUGGUUCAGCAACAGUUGAGAAACAUGUCUGAAAUUAGGAAGAUGGGAGCCAAACCAUACAUGAUACAGGUAUACCGUAACAAGAGGUGGAGAUCAAUAAUGACAGACCAGCUUGUACCGGGAGAUGUCGUGAGCGUUGGGCGCAGCCAGAAUGACAACCUUGUUCCUUGUGACCUGCUGCUGCUUCGCGGACCUUGUGUUGUGGACGAGAGUAUGCUGACUGGUGAGUCUGUGCCUCAAAUGAAAGAAAGCCUCGAGGCAGUCGAAUUGGACCGCGAGUUGGACCUUGCCACAGAUGCCAAGUUGCAUGUGCUGUUUGGGGGCACGAAAGUCGUUCAGCAUACCCCUCCCAGCAAAACUGUGACUGGCUUGAGAGCCCCAGACAAUGGUUGUGUGUGCUACGUGUUGCGCACCAACUUCAAUACUGCCCAGGGGAAACUGCUGCGGACGAUCCUCUAUGGUGUUAGCCGCGUCACCGCAAAUAACCUGGAGACGUUUGCAUUCAUUCUUUUCCUGUUGAUAUUUGCCAUUGCUGCUGCUUCGUAUGUGUGGAUUAAAGGUGCCGGCACAAGCAAAGUGGUGCCAGUUGGGGAAGCUCCUCUUGAGACCAUACAGGUGGUGGCAUCAUGUCAUUCUCUAGUCCAGUUGGAAGAUGGUCUUGUUGGAGAUCCUCAAGAAAAAGCCACAUUGGCAGCCAUUGAUUGGACAGUGACUAAAGGUGAAGCUGUUGUGCCACGGAAAGGAAAGGCUCCAGGGAUGAAGAUAUUCCAUCGCUUCCACUUUUCAUCCCAGUUGAAGCGAAUGUCGGUCAUCACUGGAUUCACCCAGCCUGGCUCUGCUGAUGUCAUGUAUUUGGCAACUGUGAAAGGUGCACCAGAAACUCUAAGACCCAUGUUCUCCUCACUACCACCAAACUAUGACAAUGUAUACUUGGAGCUGUCUCGCCGCGGAGCCCGAGUUUUAGCUCUUGGAAGAAAAGAGCUUGGCAGACUUUCACACGCUGAGGUACGAGAAACGACACGAGAAGCCUUGGAAUGCAAGCUGACCUUUGCUGGAUUUAUCAUCAUCUCCUGUCCACUGAAGAGGGACUCAAAGGAGGUCAUUAAAGAAGUGCUUCAGAGUUCACACGGGGUGGUUAUGAUUACUGGUGACAAUUCAUUGACUGCUUGCCAUGUUGCAAAAGAAUUGAAAUUUACACACAAGAAGGCAACAUUAGUUCUUCAGAUGUUCAAAAUUUUAGCCCUGAAUGCCCUCAUUUUGGCAUAUUCUCAGUCUGUUUUGUACCUGGAUGGCAUCAAGUUCUCUGACUACCAGGCAACACUACAAGGCCUCCUCCUUGCAGCCUGCUUCUUAUUUAUUUCGCGCUCAAAGCCGCUAAAAGUCCUCAGUAAAGAGAGGCCGCUACCAAACAUUUUUAACGUGUACACAAUCAUGACGGUGCUGCUACAGUUCGCAGUCCACUUCACGUGUCUCUGGUUCUUGGUUAACCAGGCCAAUGAAUGGUCUCCACCAAAGGACAAGUUUGUUGACUUAGAAAAGGAAUUUGAACCCAGUCUUUUGAAUAGCACAGUGUAUGUCAUCUCCAUGACACUACAAAUAUCAACAUUUGCCAUCAACUACAGGUUUUUCAAAAUAUUUAUUUUCUUCUCGACAGUGUGCCACAUUAUCAAGCAAGGCAGAUGUACCCUUGUGACAACUCUACAGAUGUUCAAAAUUUUAGCCCUGAAUGCCCUCAUUUUGGCAUAUUCUCAGUCUGUUUUGUACCUGGAUGGCAUCAAGUUCUCUGACUACCAGGCAACACUACAAGGCCUCCUCCUUGCAGCCUGCUUCUUAUUUAUUUCGCGCUCAAAGCCGCUAAAAGUCCUCAGUAAAGAGAGGCCGCUACCAAACAUUUUUAACGUGUACACAAUCAUGACGGUGCUGCUACAGUUCGCAGUCCACUUCACGUGUCUCUGGUUCUUGGUUAACCAGGCCAAUGAAUGGUCUCCACCAAAGGACAAGUUUGUUGACUUAGAAAAGGAAUUUGAACCCAGUCUUUUGAAUAGCACAGUGUAUGUCAUCUCCAUGACACUACAAAUAUCAACAUUUGCCAUCAACUACAGGGGCCAUCCAUUUAUGGAAUCUCUGCUAGAAAACAAGGCUCUGCUGUACAGCCUGUUGGGCUCUGGUGGCGUGGUUUUGGCUCUGGCCGUGGGCAUCGUUCCAGAAUUUGCUCAACAAUUUGAGAUUGUUGAUUUCCCUCCUGAGUACCGCAUUAUUCUGGUGAAGGUGCUGGUGGCCGAUUUCACCCUGUCACUUAUUGCGGAUAGGGUGUGCCUCUUCCUGUUUGGAGAAGGAAGAUUACCGUCAGAGUUAAGGAAGAUAGCAUAGAAGAAAUAGUCAUCUUUAGGAUGUAUUUAAAGGAGAAUUUGAUAAUGAAAUAUAUAUAUAUAUAUACAUAUUCAGAUUAUACAGUUGGUUGGUUCUUGGAAUCAUGAUCCAUUUGUAAUUCCUUGGAUAUUUUUGAAAUUCAAUGAAUUUUCAUCUGUUAGGAAUUCAAUGUUAAUGCAUUUAGAUGGCUGAUGUCACUUUAUGGUUUAUGUUAUUCUCUGAAGACACUUUUGUAAGGAAAUGUAAUUUAGUCUGCGGUAGGUGGUUGUGGUUGCAAAAUUUGUAUUGUACUGUAUGUUUUAACACUUAAUUAUCUUCUAUAAAAGUACAGUGAUUUUUGUGCAGUGACAAUGUUAAUAGUUCUGAAUAUUCAGAUUUUUCUUGGCCUUUCAUAUUAGCUGCAUUGCUAAAAAUCAGUUCAAUAUGACCCUGCUCAUAGAUAUGUAUUUGUGCCCUGUACUGUGUCUAUCAAUUCAAUUGCAGUUUUAUUAUGAUUUAUUUUUAAUUGGUAAUUGCUCAAUCUUGUCAUACUUUUUAUAUGGAAGAAUGUCAUUGACGGCAAAGGGAGUAAAGACUUAGACAAAACAAAGAGAUCUUCAGACAUCACUGGGUUUAAUUAACCUUAGAUGAGUCCACCAGUAUACCAUUUUCCUAGCCUUCAUACGCAGGUAGAUUCUCUUUAGGCGAUUUCUUUCUGACUCGGAAAAGGGAUUUACACUUGAUGUGAUACUUUUGUAUAGUAUGUCAACCACAAUAUCUGAAUAUUAAUUUGAACUAUAAUGUUGUAAUCAAUAAAUCAGAGAAAAUAUGUAUCCAUUUUCCCAUUA